AUGAGUCCUUAUCAUGUGCUAGGCAUUGAUAAUUUGUGCAAUGAAUUUUUUGGCAGAGUAGUCGGAAUUCGUUUAAUUGAUGCUCCAGUUCUUCAUCCAAUGUCUGAAGGAUUGUUCAACUUUGUAAUCGGAUGGACCUUCAUGUUUGCUCCCUUAUUAUUCACAGAUCGAAAGAGGGACAGAUACAAGGGUUCUCUUGAUAUUUUAUGGGGUUUGCAGAUGUUCCUUACCAACACAUUCUUAAUCCCUUACAUGGCAAUACGGCUGAAUGAGGCUGAUGCCGACUAUAUUCAAAGAAAACGCUCUCAACUAGGCUCCGUGAUGACAAAUGGUGGGCCCAUUGUAGGACUUGUUGGCGGAGCUGUAUGUCUGAUAUCUGUGCUUUGGGCCCUCUAUGGUCGAAUGGAUGGAAAUUUUGGCAGCAUAACAGACAGAUGGGACUUCCUGGUUAGUUAUCUUGGAUCAGAAAGGUUGGCUUAUGCCUUCAUAUGGGAUAUUUUUCUUUACAUAAUUUUCCAGCCUUGGUUGAUAGGUGACAACCUGCAAAAUAUUCAGACAGGCAAGGUAGGUAUAGUGAAUUAUCUAAGAUUUGUGCCUGUGGUUGGUUUAAUUGCCUACCUUCUCUUUUUGAACCUUGAUGAGGAACUAUAGCUAAAGUGUAGUAUUGUUGAUGGGCAAUGAUGAUUGUUAGAAUGAGCCAGUGUAUGAAUAGCAGAUAUUUGUUUCCAGUUUUCUCUAAGACAGAAAAUGAAAUUGUAGAAUCUUUUAUGUUAGUGAAUUCUUUGGCUGAGAUGUAUAAUUAAAUUGAUCAGAAUGAAGUUUCAAGAUAAGAUUUGAGAAGUUUCUUUG